AUGGUGCUGGGCUUUGAAAGGGCCGCCUGCAACCCAUCGACCGCCCCGCCUUCGCCCUUCCGCAACAACCCGGAUAUAGACCCGGCCGUCCUCAACGAUAGACAUGCGGAUACACGGCAACUCCUGUCGCAUAGCAUCACCGCCGGAACCGAAUCGCUGCAUGAUAAUAAUAAUAUGAAAUCCAAAGAUGGAGAGGAGGAAGGGCGUCCGCCUUACCUUCAUUGCAUGCUUGCCGGAGGGUUGGGCGGCGCCAGCGGCGACAUGCUCAUGCAUUCCCUAGAUACAGUCAAGACGCGGCAGCAAGGCGAUCCUCACAUCCCGCCCAAGUACACCUCACUAGGGUCCUCAUACUUUACAAUUUUCCGACAAGAAGGGAUUCGGCGCGGGUUAUAUGGCGGUUGGAUCCCCGCACUCUGUGGCUCCUUUCCCGCAACCAUGUUGUUCUUUGGGAGCUACGAAUACAGCAAACGACGGCUUUUGGAAUAUGGCGUCCAGCCACAUCUGGCGUAUUUGACAGCCGGCUUCAUUGGCGACUUCGCUGCGUGCACUGUAUAUGUGCCUUCGGAGGUACUCAAGACUCGCCUGCAGCUCCAAGGGCGGUACAACAACCCGUAUUUCAACUCGGGUUACAACUACAAGGGGACCGUUGAUGCCUUCAGGACGAUCAUUCGAACCGAAGGAGUCUCUGCAUUGUUCUACGGUUACGGUGCCACGUUGUGGCGCGACCUCCCCUUUUCGGCCCUUCAAUUCAUGUUCUACGAGCAGAACCAGAGCUGGGCUCGCCAAUGGAAAGGCAGCCGCGACAUUGGGUGGGAGUUGGAGCUUUUGACGGGAGCGGCGGCCGGGGGUCUGGCCGGUACCAUGACAUGUCCUCUCGACGUUGUCAAGACGAGACUUCAGACUCAGGUUCAUCCGGAAGCCGGAGGGCUCAGCGUCGCCCAACCGACCAACACACCGCCGACGGGGACGAGCAAGGACGGGCACGCCAAAACGAGUACUGAGGCAGCGCAACAAAAGCUCCAAAAGCGAUUAAUAUCGACGUCAUCUCCGUCAACGCAUACACCUCAACCUGGGACUGUCACGCUCCAAACAUCCUCGAUGAUUACCGGGUUACGGUUAAUCUACCUGACAGAAGGCAUUGGGGGUUGGUUUAGAGGCGUCGGGCCGCGUGCUGUUUGGACCAGCAUUCAGAGCGGGUGCAUGCUGUUCCUGUACCAAUCGAUUUUACGCAAGUUAGAGUUAUACCUGCCCAUGGAGCGGCGCGAGCUCGCUUAG